AUGAGUACGCUGUGUUGGAACUGUCGUGGCUUGGGCAAUCCACGUACAGUUCGUGAGCUCAUAGACUUAGUGUAUAUUAAGAAGCCCGACUUCAUCUUCCUCAUGGAAACCAAGGUGGGGAGGAUUCAUGCUGAGUGUGUGCGAAUAAAACUUGGUUUUGAAGGUUUAUUUUACGUUGAUAAUGUUGGGUUGAGUGGCGGACUAGCUCUGUUUUGGAGAACGAAUAACACGGCAAAGCUUUUGAGUUUUUCUAAAAACCAUAUUGAUGUGGAAGUGUCACUUACAGGGUAUGGAGUUUGGCGUAUGACUGGUUUUUAUGGCUUUCCGGAGCGUGGUCGCAGGAGUGAGUCAUGGGAUCUGUUGCGGUCAUUAGCUGGUAGGUCCCCCCUUCCCUGGGUGGUCCUUGGCGAUUUUAAUGACCUCUUAUUUCAAUACGAGAAGCGUGGUGGCAAUCCACACCCUGAUUCUCUCCUUCGUGGUUUCGGGGAGGCGGUCGCUGACUGUGGGUUGUCUCAGUUAUCUAUGCAUGGCCACCCGUUUACUUGGCAGAGAGGGAAAGGCACUACGGACUGGCUGGAGGAGAGGCUCGAUAAAGUGUUAGCUAGGGAAGAUUGGUGUGAUGCCCUUCCUUGCGCUACCGUAACGAACAUCCUGACUCGGACCUCCGAUCAUUCUGCCCUAUAUCUGGGGAUUAAGGAUGUUCGGCCGAGACAUCAUAGGGCUCGCAGGAGAUUUAGGUUUGAAAUGGCAUGGCUUCAUGAUGAGGGGUGUCGACAUCAGGUGGAAGGUGCUUGGGAGGAGGGUAGAGAUGGUGGUUUCCUCCGGCGUCUUGAGCACUGUGGUGACAGGCUGUUACGUUGGAGCGGUGACCGAUUUCAUAAGUUCGGGGAAAGGAUUAAGAGCCUUCGCAAGGAGCAGUUGCACUUGCAAGGGGCUGUUGACCCCCUUUCUUUGGCAGAAUAUCAGCGUAUUGAAGCACAGUAUGCUUCUGCUCGUAGAAAGAAAAAUAUGCUUUUUAGAUUGAAAAAUGAUUCUAGCUUGUGGGUAGAGAAUGAGGGGCUGUUUUCUCUUGUGCUUAAUUAUUUUGAAGAUAUCUUUACCUCAAAUAAUUCUUCACCCCCUACGGAUUAUUUCUUUGAGUCUGUGACCCCUCGAGUCUCCCAGAGUCAGAAUGAGAAUCUCCUAAGGCCUUUUGAGGCGGAGGAGGUCAAAGCGGCUCUUUUUUCUAUGUUCCCUGAUAAAGCUCCAGGCCCAGAUGGGAUGAACCCGGGGUUCUAUCAACAUUUUUGGGAUGUUGUGGGGGAGGAUGUCACGUCUUUUGUGCUCAAUUGUCUGUCUACUUGCUCCUUUCCGGAAGGGCUAAAUGAUACCAAUGUUGUGUUAAUUCCGAAGAAGUGUGUUCCCCAGAUGGUUACUGACCUCUGCCCUAUUGCUCUGUGUAAUGUGGUGUACAAGUUCAUGGCUAAAAUGAUAGCUAACAGAAUGAAACCUCUACUAGGAGAUGUGAUCUCUGAAUCCCAAAGUGCUUUUAUUCCCGAUAGGCUUAUUACUGAUAACAUUCUGAUUGCUGCGGAGAUGGGACAUUAUUUGAAUAGAAAUCAGAAUGGGGUAGUUGGUUGGGGUGCCCUCAAGUUGGACAUGGCAAAGGCUUAUGAUCGUAUGGAGUGGUCAUUCCUUCGCAGGAUGUUGUUGGCUCUGGGUUUUGCUGAUGAUUGGGUCAAAUUAAUUAUGCUAUGUGUCUCCUCUGUCUCAUAUAAUUUUCAGGUAAAUGGUGAGAUCAUUGGGCAGGUCUCCCCAACUCAGGGAAUUCGACAAGGAGAUCCGCUCUCACCAUAUUUGUUUAUCAUUUGUGCAGAGGGUCUCUCACUCCUAUUACAGCAGGCUGAAUCCCGAGGAUCGUUUCAUGGUUGUAGGGUGGCCCGAGGGGCACCUUCAGUCUCACAUUUACUUUUUGCAGAUGAUAGCCUCUUGUUCUUCAAAGCCAAUGCUCAGGAAGCUGGGGUUAUUAAGCAAUGUUUGAACAAGUAUGAGGCAAUGUCGGGGCAGGCUGUCAAUUUUCACAAAUCCAGUGUGUGUUUUAGUAGGAAUACGUCUGUGGCUGACAGGGAGGAAGUGGCAGCGGUUCUGGGUGUUAAUCAAGCCCCUAACUUUGGUAAAUAUCUGGGCCUGCCUUCCUUUGUAGGGAGAAAUAAGAAGGUUGUUUUCUCGUACAUUGAGGAUAAAAUCCGACACAGGAUUGGCUCAUGGAAUAAAAGGCUGCUUUCUCGGGCUGGUAAGGAGGUUCUCUUGAAAAGUGUGGCACAAUCUAUGCCUACCUUUUGUAUGAGUGUUUUCUUGCUCCCUGAGUCAGUCUGUCUAUCAAUUGAAAGAGUCAUGAAUCGAUAUUGGUGGGGUUCAGGAGGUGAUAGAGGCAUUCAUUGGAACGCAUGGGAUCGUCUAUGUGUCCCUAAAAAGUAUGGUGGGUUGGGGUUUAAGGAGCUAAGGGCUUUUAACCUGGCAAUGCUGGGCAAACAAGUGUGGCGCUUUCUUACUAAUCCUCAUUCUUUAGUGGCUCGUAUCUACAAAGCAAGGUACUUCCCCAAGUCCUCUUUUAUUGAUGCUUCGGUUGGGGGAUGCCCGAGUUACUGUUGGCGAAGUAUAAUGGCAGCCCAUGAUCUGGUUUGUUCAGGAGUUAGAAGGAGGAUAGGGAAUGGCAAGUCAACCUUGAUUUGGGGUCAUCCAUGGCUUCCGGAUGAUCCUGGACCAAUGGUUCAGACUGUAAUGCCCCAAACUCUCGCUGGGGCGGCUGUUUCAGGAUUGAUUGACCCCACUACUAACACCUGGGAUCAGACAAUCCUUCAUGAUAUUUUCACCCUUAAUGAUGUCAGACGCAUUUUAAGUAUCCCGUUUCUUGCUGCUGUUGCGGUUUUGUAUUUCAUUUGGACUGCACGAAAUAAGGCAGUUUGGGACGCUUGCUUACCGACUCCGCGACGAGUGUGGCAGAUGGCAACUUCGGCUGCUGACGCGUGGAGGCAAGUUCAUCAACACAUGCCAGGGCCCUCCACUCCAGACGGCGUCGAGGCAGGAGCUACACUCUCGGCUGCAGUACAUCAGGGUGACAUGCUCCACCGCUGCUUCUUUGAUGCUGGUUUUUUGCCGAAGUCAAGGAAGGCGUCGGUCGGGGUUGUGCUUCUUUCACCAGAAGGGGAUUUCGUCGCAGCCUUCAACAGCCCCAUGCAGGACUGUCUCUCCCCGCUCAUGGCGGAAUCAGUCGCCUGCAAGGAGGUUCUUUCUUGGAUUAAAGAUCGCGGCUUGGGUUCAGUCGUUCACUUCACGGAUUGCUCAGGACUCCAGCAGCUACUUACAUCGGUACGUAAUGAUAUUCUGUCAUAUGUUGCCUUUUCGGUUAACGCCUCAAAACUGAUCAUGUCAACCUUCGAUCAUUGUUCGGUGAGGACGGUUUCUAGGUCUGCGAAUCUAGCCGCUCACUCGCUUGCUUCUUUAGCUUUUUCUCAACCUAAUGCUUUGUACUGGGAUGUUUUCCCUCCCGACUCUAUUUCGUCUCUGAUUUAA